UUGACCCAAACCACCUGGACAACCCUCUGCUGUUUUACAUAAAAUAUUCGCAUCCCCCGCCCGGCUGCCGUAUAUAACACCCCGCGACACCCUCAAAGCACCCUACUCACAUUAUGGGCAAGCGCUCUCGAGACCUCUACGACUGCGAGUCACCGACACCGUCUUCCCCUCCUGCAAAGCGUACCCAUGCCGUCCGUAAUGCAAUGUCCUCCCCUCUUGGUCCUCGCCCAAGAUCAUCUUCGACGUUCUCCUCGCCAUUCGCGUACAGCCUCCGCACACCCAUGUCUGUUCCUCAGGACUCGCCAACGAACCCGUUUGGUCUGAAGCGAUCACUGGCCGCGCUCGAGCUGCCACGCGCAACUAGCUUCGGCAAACACAUUUGUCUGCGGUUUCAGCUCUGUGACGACAGAUUGAACAGCGCGGCUCUCUCGAAACGCAGGGAUCGCGAUGGUAUCUUCCGGGUCGUGCAGGUUCCCCUAAACUACUCCUUCAGACACCUACACAAGCUCAUCCUCUAUCUCUUCGCGUCUGAUAUGGGUGAGAUGCACUCAAAUCGCAUCAAACGUGCAAUGCGUGACGCUACUGCGGAAGGCAAAGGCAAAGGUCGCGCACGCGGUCCGGGCUACACGAGUGCCUCAGAAUGGGGCGGGCACUUCUUUGAGGUCCUCAAGAACGCGUACCUCCAUCGCGACAACUCAUCAAAGCGUGGCAUGAUCAAGACUGGCGCGAAACUUUGCCACAAACUCAGCAGCGUGCGCGAGCGGCGACUCUUCCGCGACCUGCUCGAUCCCGACAACACCGAAGAUGAGGGAGCGCUACCAAAGACUCUUGAGGACGAGGACAUCGAGAACGAGGACUGGAGCUGGGAAGCCGAGGACGAUUUCACGCUUGGGCAGCUGUACACGCGCGGCCCGAUGCUGGAUAGGGGUGUCAUCUAUCACCACCAGCCGCACAUCUCGGUGCAUAUAGCCGUAAACACGCUCCCUAUGCCUUCGCGACGCGGCAUAAGCAACGAGCCCUACGUAUUUGCCGCGCAGGGCACCGCCGGUGGGACCGUGCGUAUCGCGCAUGUGGUGCCAGCACCCGACGGCGGCGAGGCCGCAUUUGACCUCUCGGACGGGGAACCACAGUUCAACGGCCCGCUCAGCACGACACAAAUCGAGCGCUGGAACGUCGAGGGCGUGUUUCCGCGUUUCCUCGCCCGCGAGGCCGCGCGUGAGCGCGCUUUGCAGCGGCAUGCCUCGCCUCCUCUGACUAUCGACCUGACCGAAUCGCCGACGCGCGUAUUCUCCGAAGUGUCGUCCUCAGACGACCACCCCUUCCCGCUCAGCGAGCCCGGCUCGGACGCGAGCCAGUUCAGCUCAGCGAGCGUGCACUUAGCAUACUCGGACUCAGCGCUGUAUCCUCUCGCGCUCAGCGCGCUGACGCCGUACCCCGCGCAUCCACUCCAUCAGAAACGCGUGCGCCGCGCGGAGAGGCGCAUGCAGCGGCUCACGAAAAGUGGGCUCGUGGAGAUGGAUAGUACUGAUGACGAGGGCACGAAGAAUGGAAAAAAGAAGGACGCGGAUGAGGAGGAAAAGGCGGAUGAAAAGGGCAAGGGCAAGGAGGAGGUAGAGGAGGUAGAGGAAGUCGUGGUGGAAGAGGUCACGGACGACGACGACGUGGUUGAGAUCUCCCCACCCGUCCAAAUAGUCGAGCCCCAGUGGGCGGAAGAAAGCUCCAAGAUUUUUCCGCAGGUGCACCGACCGGCCAAGGCGUACAUGCGCGGCGGGGGACGCGGAGGCGGCAUGUCAAGAUCAAGAAAGGUUGUCAUGGACCUUGUCGAAUGGACGCCUGCACCCGGAGAGGAUGGGUACAGGCAAGAUUGGGGGUCGGUCGAGGUAUGA